GGUAGGCUAGAGGGGGGAGCUCCAGGCCUGCUGGCUGGGGACGCCGCCAUUUUGGGCGCUUCGCGGAUGGUGCUGGGGAGCGCGCUUCGUGCCUGAGCGCAGCCCGCGGCGGGGCCGGCCAGCCACCCUCUGGGACCAGCGUGAAGCAGCAGAGAAGGCGCGUCCCUCAGCCCAGUGUCCUGGUUCUGCGAUGAAGGCAGUUGAACCCUGUGUCCCCGUGUCUUCGCCCCUGCUAAUCUGCUAAUGCAGUAAAUUGGAAGGUUGCUGUUCCCAGGAUCCCCUGUAAUGGGCAAGGAGCCACUGAGAAGAACAUUUUUCUUUUAAUUUUUAAGCUUUGGUUUGAAAGACCAGCAUGUUUUGGAAAUUUGAUCUUCACUCAUCAUCCCACAUAGACACACUUCUAGAGAGAGAAGAUGUAACAUUGAAGGAAUUAAUGGAUGAGGAAGAUGUUUUGCAAGAAUGUAAAGCUCAGAAUCGCAAACUUAUUGAAUUUCUGUUAAAAGCAGAAUGCCUUGAAGAUUUAGUCUCAUUCAUUAUAGAAGAACCACCUCAAGAUAUGGAUGAAAAAAUCAGAUACAAGUAUCCAAACAUAGCUUGUGAAUUGCUCACUUCUGAUGUCUCUCAGAUGAAUGAUAGAUUGGGAGAAGAUGAAUCUUUGCUAAUGAAACUGUAUAGCUUCCUCCUAAAUGAUUCCCCUUUGAAUCCAUUACUUGCCAGUUUCUUCAGCAAGGUGCUAAGUAUUCUUAUUAGCCGAAAACCAGAACAGAUUGUGGAUUUCUUAAAGAAGAAGCAUGAUUUCGUAGACCUUAUCAUAAAACACAUAGGAACUUCUGCUAUCAUGGAUUUAUUGCUCAGGCUACUGACUUGUAUUGAACCUCCACAGCCCAGGCAAGAAGUGUUAAAUUGGUUAAAUGAGGAGAAAAUUAUCCAGAGGCUUGUGGGAAUAGUUCAUCCAUCUCAAGAAGAAGACCGACAUUCUAAUGCCUCGCAGUCACUCUGUGAAAUUAUCCGCCUCAGCAGAGACCAGAUGUUACAAGUCCAGAACAGCUCAGAACCGGACCCCUUGCUCGCCACUCUAGAGAAGCAAGAGAUUAUUGAGCAGCUUCUAGCAAAUAUUUUCCACAAGGAAAAGAACGAGUCGGCGAUCGUCAGUGCGAUCCAGAUACUGCUGACUUUGCUGGAGACACGACGGCCAACAUUUGAAGGCCAUAUAGAAAUCUGCCCACCAGGCAUGAGUCAUUCGGCAUAUUCAGUCAACAAAAGUGUUUUAGAAGCUAUAAGAGGAAGACUUUCAGCUUUCCAUGAACUCCUGCUUGAGCCUCCCAAGAAAAGUGUUAUGAAGACAACAUGGGGUGUGUUGGACCCUCCUGUGGGGAAUACUCGCUUAAAUGUGAUCCGACUGAUCUCGAGCCUCUUACAAACCAACACAAAUAGUGUCAAUGUGGACCUCAUGGAACUCAACAGCAUUGGCGUGAUCCUGGAUAUGUUCUUCAAAUAUACAUGGAAUAACUUUUUACAUACUCAAGUAGAAAUCUGUAUUGCCUUGAUUCUUGCAAGCCCUUUUGAAAGCCCAGAAAAUGGCACUGUUACUGAUCAAGAUUCCACUGGUGACAAUCUUUUACUGAGACACCUGUUUCUUAAGUGCCAGUUAGUGGAACGAAUACUUGAAGCCUGGGAAAUGAAUGAGAAGAAACAGGCCGAAGGAGGCCGACGCCAUGGUUACAUGGGCCACUUAACGAGGAUCGCUAACUGCAUCGUGCACAGCACGGACAAGGGGCCAAACAGCACGUUAGUGCAGCAGCUGAUUAAAGAGCUUCCAGACGACGUCAGGGAACGUUGGGAGACCUUCUGCAGCAGCUCUCUGGGGGAGACGAACAAGCGCAACACGGUAGACCUGGUUACAACCUGCCAUAUUCAUUCAUCCAGUGAUGAUGAAAUUGACUUUAAAGAAACGGGGUUCUCGCAGGAUUCUUCUUUACAGCAAGCCUUUUCUGAUUAUCAGAUGCAACAAAUGACGUCCAAUUUUAUUGACCAGUUUGGCUUCAAUGAUGAGAAGUUUGCAGAUCAAGAUGACAUUGGCAAUGUUUCUUUUGAUCGGGUGUCAGACAUCAACUUUACCCUCAAUACAAAUGAAAGUGGGAAUAUUGCCUUGUUUGAAGCGUGCUGUAAAGAGAGGAUACAGCAGUUUGAUGAUGGAGGCUCUGAUGAGGAAGAUAUUUGGGAAGAGAAACACAUCGCCUUCACUCCAGAAUCCCAGAGACGCUCCAGUUCAGGGAGCACAGACAGUGAAGAAAGUACAGACUCUGAGGAGGAAGAUGGAGCAAAACAUGAUUUAUUUGACUCCAACAAUGCUAACCCAGAGGACAAAAUGGAAGUGGAUCUGAACGAACCACCCAACUGGUCAGCCAACUUUGACGUGCCCAUGGAGACGGCGCACGGGGCCAGCCUCGAUUCAGUGGGCUCGGACGUCUGGAAUACGGAAGAACCUAUGCCAACUAAAGAGACCGGCUGGGCUUCCUUCUCCGAGUUCACGUCCCCGUUGAGUACAAAGGAUUCUUUAAGGAGUAAUUCUCCAGUGGAAAUGGAAACCAACGCUGAACCAGUGGACCCCUUAACAACCAAUGCUGUUUCACUGGCAGCACCUCCGGAGGCCCCAGGCAGCGUGGCCAUGGAAGCCACGUCUGACGGAGAAGAAGAUGGCGAAAAUACAGACAAGGUGACUGAGACCGUGAUGAACGGCAGCAUGAAGGAGACGCUCAGCCUUACGGUAGAUGCUAAAACUGAAACUGCCGUCUUCAAAAGAGUGUUGAAAUCCUAUCGUGAAGAAGGGAAACUGUCUACCUCUCAAGAUGCUUCUUGUAAAUAUGUGGUGGAGGAGAGGACAGACAGCGGGGACGCCAGUCCUGCUGCUUCCCAGCCGGCGGGCCUGAGCCCCGAGCAGAGGCCUGAGCAGCCGAGCCUUUUAGGAGAGACUUCUGUUAACGGCCCUGUAUGAUAUGUAAUGUCUCCUGCUGUUGACUGAGGACUACAGACUGAUAGCCAUGGGUUAAAAAAAACGCUGUUUCUUGAGGAUUUCAUCCAGAGCCUGUCCAAGCCAGUCACUGCUGCACUAACUUUGCAAGGGAUCAGGACCAGCAACGUUUAUAUUCUAGAUUUUAAGACAUUGUACAGAGAAAUUCAGAAGUGUAAAAAUCUUGCACAUUGACAAAUACCAAGCAUUUUUGCCUAUGUUUAUAUUGUAUUGUUAUGAAUGGUGGGUGGCCUGUGGAGGAAGACCUUGCCCCCCUUGUAAUAAUAGUAGAGAUACUAGACUUCAGAUGGCUGUAAGAUUAGUUUUAUAAAAGUGAAUACACAGAUCUAUUGUAUUGGAGACAUAACUAUUUGACAAUUAGUGUGACCAAAGUCUUAGGCCGUUUUCAUACAUUUUUUCACCUUGUACAAAAUUCUGAGCUCAUUUUUCUUCCAGGUUGGCAAGAAGUUGUAGGUUUGAAAUGCCCUCUAAGGGUUAUUUUGGUUGUUCUGACUCUGAAAAGUGAUUUUAAAUAAGAAAUUUUGGGUGUUCUUUUUAUAACCAGUUUUUAAUUGGUAACUGUUUUCUGUAUUGUUCAAAACAGAUCAAAAUGUAAGUCUAUUGGUAGAGAUUUUAAGUAUUUAUUGCUACAACUUAGUUGACAAAUUGAUGUUACUGUAAAGCCAUAUGUUCUGUUCAGUCUUGUUUGCUUGAAAUGAUUCCUCACGCCGGUGAAACACUAGGUUCUUUGGAGUGGAUAUGGCUUGUGGUUUGGGCUUUGGGGCUUGGUUCUUUAGUUUUCGGUAGUCCACCUGCCUUUUAACCCAUUCGUUCACCAGAUUGUACCUUGUUAGCCAAGCAUUACAAAUGAACGUUUCAGAACAAUCUGCAUAUUUAUAAAACUCUACUCAGAUCAGGCAAGUCACAGGAGUCAGUGCACGCACUGCUAAUAGAAUUAGCAUGCGUUUCUCUCUUUUUUUUUUUGGUUUUUUUGGGCAUAGCAUUUUCAAAGUACAAAUCAAAAUUGGGCACUUGAGCAUGUUAAUUGUUUUCCUGUACCUUGUGAAGUUUUCACUCGUAAAUUCUAAGCCAGUGUAUUUUUUUAGACCUGGUUUGUGUAUAUAUAGUGAUUAUGGAUACUAAUUCAUUGUAAUUUAUAAUUUUCUAUGUCAGUAUAAAAUCCAGCCACCUUCUCCAACAGCAGAAGCGAUGGGCCGCAUGUCGCCGUGUUGUCCGUCUGGUGAAGGGGUCACUCCUAGGUUACCUCUUGCACUUUUAGAUGCAAAUCAGUUUUUCAUUUCUGUAAUAGAAAGUUCUUCACCUAUUUUUAUGUCAUUUGUUUUUUUCCUGACCAGUAUUUAAAACCAAAAGGAUACUCUGAACGAUGGCCAACGAUUUUUUAGAAAUAGCCUCCCAAGCAGCGUGCCUAAACAUUCAUUACAUUACAUACAGAAAUAAAAAAAAAAAAAAAAAAAAAUCAAACAUAUGAUGAAUUAUGGCUUAUUCCUUUUUCCAUUUCCAAUGG